AUGGGCUACAUUCCCAAUACCCCUGAGGACCGCCUCGAGCGGUCCGACUCCAAGAAUCCAAGAACGACCUGCAAAGGCCUCACGGGGGCAGGAAACCUGUGUCGCAACCCGGUCACGCCGGCCAAGGGCAAGACGCUCUCGCCGACCCUCAAGGAAGAGUCGCUCUACUGUCACCACCACAAGGACCAGGCCGCCAGCCGCUCUGCACAAUCGAGUCCCGGGCCUAGGUUGUCCGGCAAACCCAUUUUGGAACAGCGCACCAGCAUCGACACCCUCGCCGAUCGCCUCGGUCUCGUAGACGUUGGUUCGAACCCGAACAAAAAGCAAAAACGACCCCAAGGCGGACGCCCCAGCGGCGGGAGACCGCAGCCCACGAGCUCGAGGCCGUCCGCGGCAUAUACCCGGCCGCCGACGAAGGAGAAGGAGCUGCAUUUCUGCUUCUGCUUCAAGAUACCCAUCGACGAAGUCCAGGAGUCGCAGUCCGCACCCCGGCCUCAGCCGCGACCGGUGCAGAACGGCGGCUCCGCGGCCAUGCCCCGUCCCUCGAGCCAGCUGCUGUCCCCCUCGAACGGUGGACCGGGACCGAGCACGUCGAGCCACUCCCGAAAGAGCUCCCAGGUGUCGCCGCAGCCUCUGUCGACCUCCCAGACUGCGCAAUACCUCUCCCUUAUCCCCCCGACGACCGAUCCGCAGACGGCUUCGGCGCUGAUGGCCGAGCUGGCGCGACCGUACGGCAGCUCCGAGGAGCCAGGCUACAUCUACAUGUUUUGGAUCACGCCGACGUCCAAGAAAGAGGCGGUGCCGCUGCAGGAGGCAAGGUCGCUCCUUGCGCCGCCUUCACCGGCACGGGGUGCGGGACGCCAGCGCCGGUCGAGCGACGUUGUCUCGGCUUUCAGCAAUGCCAAUGGCGGCGCGUCAGGAAACAACAAGAUGCUCAUCAAAAUCGGGCGGGCGGCAAACGUGCAGCGCCGCAUGCAGCAAUGGACGAAGCAGUGUUCGUACGAGAUCGAGGUGCUACGGUACUACCCAUACAUACCGGGCGCGAGCGCCGCCUCGGGGGAGCAGCCGCGGAUGACGCCACACGUUCACCGCGUCGAGCGACUGAUUCACAUUGAGCUAUCGGGCAUGGGGCUGCACGCCGGGCCCAUAACGUGCGAUGGGUGCAAUCAAGUCCACCGCGAGUGGUUCGAGGUGCAGACGUCCAAGAAGGGCAUCGGGGCGGUGGACGAGGUCAUUCGAAGGUGGGCUGACUGGGACGAGACGCAGGUGUAG